CAACAGCAAAUUAACCUACCCAAUUUCAUUGCAAAAUCACAACUAUAUUACCGCGGCAAUAGAGGUUCAUGCAGGGUAUUGUAAACAGUUGGCAAUACUACAUAGGAGGGUUCCCCCUCACUUACAGACCGAGCGACGAGCGAUUAGUUCGUUCGUUUCGUUGUUUGGUGGUUGUGUGACAUGUGUGAAAAAAUUGCCGAGUUUUAAAAACAAAUGCGCGCAUUGCAUUUUUGAGUCAAUAUCAAAUACCUAGUCUGAAAUAUGUAACGACUUUGUCUUCUCGUCUUGGUGCUUUUAAAUUGUAAAUAGCUUAAAUCUGCUGCAGUUUGCAGUAUUGAUAUGAAUGAAAAAUGGCUACAAUUCACAGGACAAUUUCACUCGGAUCCUUAUCAUCAAUAUCAGAAGUAUCUACAAAUGGGAAAAAGAAGAAAAAAAAUAAAAAUGUUACUGUGGGCUUUAAAAGCAACUGGUUUGAAAACACACUCAGCUUCGUGAAGGAUGAUUCCCGUUUAUCUUUCAAUUAUGGCCGGUUAACACCUCCACAAGUUAACUUCAUUCGUGAUAUGUUGAAUUUUGAAAGUGAUCCAUCCGUUAAGCAAGAAAAAUAUGCACCAUUAUAUGAAGCAUUGACAAUAUUUGAGCUUAAAUUCAAUUUUAAAUUGAGUAUGAAUAAUGGAAAAAUAAUGCUACUAAAAGUACCAAAAGACAAGAAAUAUGUACAAGAACCAAACUUAUCAAAAAAAAUCAUCAUAGAAAACGAAGAACUAGUGAUUAAUAGACUAUCCCAAAGAUAUAUGGUGGAAAUUGCUGAGACGAUUAUGGACUUUAUUGACGACCCCACAAGGGUCAUUUUACAGUUUGAUAAGGUUAAACCGUUGGAAUCUAUGUUCAUGCAUAGUGUGAUCAGGUCUCCAAGACCUAUGUUCCCUCAGCACGCUCAGAUAAUGCAGCAUUUGAAAGAUACGAAGUCAAAAAUGGAUUUUAAAUUGCAAAUCGUUGUUGGGAAGGUGAAUAGACGAACGCAAGAGAGAACUGUAAUUUUUAACAAAUUGCCAAAGUUUAGCCGCAGUUUUCGAAAAAGUCGCGAUUCGUCAUUAAAAAACCCAAAUAGCUCUGCUGACAAUAAUUUGUCAAAAUUCAAAACGUUUUUCCCGUCAUCUUCUCCGAGUUCAGCACAAAACGAAAACAACUCAAUGGAAACUGAACAUAACCCGCCGCAAGAAACAGAAAACUCAACGCAGUGUGAGUCAAUGCAAACCGAGCUAAACUCAAUGAGUAAGGAGUCAGUGCAGACCGAGUUAAACUCAAUAAAUAAGAAGUCAAAGCAAACUGAGCUACACUCAACACCGAAUAAACAAAACUCAACACCGAUAUUGAAUACAAAACUGAGUAAGCCGGUUGAAGAAAAUGACACUCAAAUGCCAAUUUAUGUGGAUUCAGUGAGGAGUGUUGAUGAGAACGGAUCUGUGUCAAGUGGUGGUAGUGAUCAAAGUGCCUCAUCAUCACAACGUAAAGAGUCUUCAGCGCUUACAAGGCCAUUGGGAGGUGUCUACGGAUCACAAACAAAUGUAAACAUUGGCAGUACGUCUGUCAUAAACAAGAGAAGCGUGUUCCGCGAGGGUCUGGAUGCUAGGAAGACCAAACUACUUGAGGCGAUGUCUAUACCAGUUCAGAUGAACAAUGCUGAGAGGAUGAUGCAGAAAAUGGGUUGGGACGGCGGGCCGCUGGGGCGCCGCGGCGUCGGCAUCACUGAGCCCAUCAUACCCGCUUUGGAUUUGGUGUCAGGCGCAGGACUCGGCCACGUGGCAGAACUUAAGCUACCUAAACAGCCCCAACCACAGAAGCCCACACAGCCCCAACCCCAACCGCAGAAGCACACACAGCCCCAACCCCAACUGCAGAAGUUCACACAGCCCCAACCCCAACCGCAGAAGCCCACACAGCCCCAACCCCAACUGCAGAACUUCACACAGCCCCAACCCCAACCGCAGAAGCCCACACAGCCCCAACCCCAACCGCAGAAGCAGCCCACACAGCCCCAACCCCAACUGCAGAAUUUCACACAGCCCCAACCCCAACCGCAGAAGCCCACACAGCCCCAACCCCAACUGCAGAAGUUCACACAGUCCACCCAGCUCACACAACACCCUAAGACACAAAAAAAACUAAAAUCCGAAUCGGUGUUCCGUAUCGGGCUGCUACAGGCGCUGCUGGAUCUGAUACAGUCUGAUAGAUAUUCUGUCGAGUUGAAGUAUGCCAAUAUGAUCGGCAAGAAGUGCAUUAAUUUUGUGAGAAACACAAUAGUAUCGUUCAGCGAACGCAGACCUAUAUCUCUGAAUGACCAGAAAGAGAACUCGGUCGCCAGAAAGGUGAUAGAAGCGCUGAGGAAUCACUCUGACAUCUUGGUCUAUGGUGCGGUCAGCGAUUGCAAGAAACGAAUAUCGCUAAAAAAAGGGAAAAUAGCUGUGCCACACACAAGAACUAUAGAAAAAUUUUACAAGGACGAUCUGUUUGAACAAUCAAAAUCUGCAAACAUACAAAAAAUAACCUCUGAUCAUCUCCAGAGAUUGGCAGAGACAAUAAAAGAACACAGAGAUAGAUUACCCAAUGAAAAACAAUACAUAGGCUUCCGUAUCACAGUGCUGUACGAAAUAUUGCAUUUGUUAAAAACUAAUGAUAUGUCCAAAAAAUUGGUAUUCGAUUCCGUGUUAAGUGUGCAGUAUUUGAACUAUAUAGUCAGGGCUGUGGAGAGGUUGAAUAUAGGAAAGAGGCCGUAUGUGUGUGCGCAGAUUUUGGAACAAGACACAGUUGAUGAAAUAUUGAGAAAUAUGAAGGAUAUAAUUUUGGUGAUCAACUUUGAUACAAAUAAAGCGAGUAUGUCGAUUGAAAAGCUGCUACCUUAUCAAGUGGGUGAUUACAAUACUUUAGUUUUAAAAGCUAGCAGUUCUUUAACAUUUAAUAAAAAUAACAAAUACGAGCAUAUACCACAUACCAAUCUCAUAUACAGUUACAAUGUAAAUGACUGUGUUGUUAUAGAUUUAACAAAGGACGGUGUUAAUAACAAUUCAGAUGAUGUUAAUAACAAAAAUAGUAAUGUAAAAGAAGUUACUACUGAAAAUAAUAGUGAAAAUAAUACACAAGAUAAAACACAGAACAAGAAAAAUUGUUCUAAUGAUAAAAAUGGUGCUUCGGUAGAAGAUUAUAAAAGUGAGGAUGAUGAUGUAAUAUUAAUCGAACGUGAACUAUUGACAAUAGUAAUUUCUGAUGAUGAAUUAACUGAAGCUGAUGACAAUGCUGAAAGUACACUGAAUACCGAUAAGCUUGGAGAAAAUGAUAAUAUAGAAACAAAAAUAACAAACGAAGGGAAUGUUGAAAUAGACGAAAGUAAAACUAAAGGCGAAAGUAAAAGUAGUCAUGAAAAUGCAGAAAGUAUUGACAUAUUGGACACAGAUCUAGGAAGUGUUGAUACUUUCGAAAAUCAAUGCACUGAAAUUGAUACGGCAAGAAGUCUGGAUAGUAUAGAAUUUAAGACAUUAAAUGGCGAUAUAGUGAAUCAUGAAACAAGUGAUGAAUCUAUUCAUAAUAAUAAAGAAACUACGGACAAAGGAAAUGAAGAAUCUAAUGACAUAGAGAAUUGUGAUGAGCCUAUAGGCAUAGUUAUGAAAGAACAAAGUACAGAUGUAAAUUUAAGUGAAAAUCUAAACCAAGAAUUAGUAGUAAGUGCGACUGAUAUUAAUAAAGAAACAGUUAAAGUAGCUAAAAAGGAAAAGCCCUCAUAUUCAGAAGAAUUUGACAAUGAUCUGUACGAUUUGGCGAUGGUCCUCGAUUUAGACGACGACAUAUUUGAUUAUUGUGUUGCCAAAAAAGAACCGGAAAAUAUAGAUAGACCUAUGUCGAAACGAUCCAGAUCCGAUUCUGAACAAUCGUCGCCGGACAAUACGAAGAAGACUAAAGUUUUCACAUUUUCCAAAUUGAAAAAACUGUCCGUAGUGCCGAAAGAUUAUCCCGAAGUGGAAUUAAAAAAGGAAUGUGCAAUUAAUAUUCAAACGAUCCUGUCAAAUGCCAUAGACAAUUGUAAAGAGUUGCCGUUGCUGGAAUGCCACGGAAUUCAAAAUGGCGGUCUAGUCUAUAGUUGCCAUGACGAGCAAAGUUUCUUCUUCAUUCAAAACUGCCUCAGUGUUGCCAGUGAUUAUAAAAUAAUUAAUAAUGUAGUUCUUAAGAAGAAGGUGCAUAUUAUGACACUUAAGUUUAAUUCUUUGUUAGAUGACAUUAGGAAAUUGUUCAAUCGAUUAGAGCUAUACAAUGCAGGGUUGAUAACAGAUAGUUGGCAUGUUAAAAACGUGCAUAAAUUCGAUGAUUAUAUGUUAAUAUCUGUAGAACUAGACGAUUAUUCAUAUAAGUAUAUUUGUGAUAAUAAUUUUCGUUUGUAUGCGGGCAUAGACGAAGUUAGAUUUACUAUUGUAUGGGAUUAAAUCCCAUUAUUUAGUGUUAAAAAUUAAAAAUACCACUUAAGUAUAACAUAUCGCAUUUAGUAGUAUUUUAUUGUGUUAGAAUAUUCACACAGUCAAUUGUAUAAAAGAUUUACUGACUUAUUUCAGAAAUCUCUUAAAAUCUUUUUCUGUUGCGAGUUUCUGCUUGUUUAACUUGCCUUUGUGGAAUAAGCACUUCACUUCUUAUUCCACAAAUGCCCGUGGAUUUUAAGAAUAAUUCGGUCGACUCCUGCACAGCACGCGACGCGUGUUAACAGCUAAAAUUAAAACUGAAAAUUAAAGGAAUAUUUAUUUUUGUAUGAAAAAUUUAACGAAUUUUCUAAAUUUGUACAACAAAUCCUGUAGGUUAGGUAUACGAUGUUAAAUGUCUAGUCCUGCGUACUUAUUAUUUUGCAAGUAACCUUGUAUAGUUUAUGAUCAUGACUAUUAGUAUUGUAGAUGGUCGAAGUCAUAGUGUACCAAAUAUAGAAGGGUAUAAUUUUUACAUCUACAUAAUUAUAUAAACUACUUUUAUACUGUUAGAAUAGAUUAGUAAUAUUUUGGUGUAACUUUUCUUAGAGCAAUAUUCCACUUCAGAAUUUCUUUGUACUGCUUUUUAAGAUGAAAGAGAUAGCACUAGUUAUCUAGUGUCAGAUUUUAUACAAAUCACCAAAAGGCAUCUGACAUGACUACCUACCGCGACCUAGUGGCAGGUAGACGCAUAGUGAACUAAACUGUCCACAAAUAUGUAACGCAGGAGAGAUAAAAAUAUAUCUGUAAUGAUACAUAAUCGAUGUGCAUUAUACAUUCCAUAAUUCAGAUUGAUUCGUUUUUGUUUAUUACAAAAAAUAUGUGAAUUUCUGACGUUCACUUUUUUUAUUCGGAUCAAAUAGUAAUUAAAACACCAUUUUGCUGUUACAUGUAUGUAGUCUGUAGUCUAUUUAGUUUUAGUACAUUCGCGGACACACGACUGCUAUAGCAGUUUGUUAUAACACAAACUUAUUUUCGUGUCUCUUAGAGCGCCCACGAAACUGUUUGUUUUUUUGAAAUUUUGUUUUUUAUUUAAUAGUUUUAUGUGUUGUUGCCAUAUCAAUAAAAAUUUUAUACUUUUUCGACUUUAAAUAGUAUAAUAUUCUUUAUUUUGUAUUUCCUUUUUUAAACUAUUCGUCAAUUUAAUAUUCUUUAUUUUUGUACAAACUCAUCAAGAAUUUAAUUAUGAUAGCAGCGGCUAUUCGAAUAUAUCGAUAGCGAUAUUUCCAUUGCGUUAAUUAUAAGAUUUCAUUUAAAAAAACCAGCAAUAUAUGUCGAUUCGCCGGGAUCAUGAAUCGUAUAUGUGUAGUGUUGCCAAUUCAUAGGCCACUAUCGAAGAGUGAUCGACUAUCGAUAGUCUAGAAUAAUCUCAAGGCUAUCGAUUUUCUAUAUGAUUUCCAAGCCAAGGUUAGCCAUCGAUUUUUUGGCAACACUUGUAACAUACAAAUGAAGGUAUAGGGUAACACCGGCGUUCGCAAUACUAAAAACUUUGAUGCAAAGAACAAGGUCGAUUUCUUACGAGUCUUAACAUGUAAACAAUCUUCACAGUACUUAAUUCUUCCAAUUUUGUUGAGAAUAAAUCGAAUAUCAGUACCAACAUAUACAUUUAUUCAGGAGUUAGACCUUCAUAGGCAAUUUUUAUAUUUAUAGUUAUUUCUCACAAGCUACAAACUACUGGCAUUUCGGAACGACUAUUGCUGAGAAGAAAUGCCGAAAGAAACUCAUUUGAACAGUGUUGGUCCCUAUCAGGAAGGUUCAGGUUUAUAAUUUGUUAUAUUUUUGCCCGAGCGUAGCCGGGACUGGCCGCUAGUCUGUAUAUAAAUCUGACAAUAAGAGGUCAGGCCACAGAUGAAAGAGAUAGCAAUAUACAACCCGGUCGAGUUAACUGCGUACCUGUGACGUCGCAUUUCUGCGAGGUGCGCAGUUAGCUCGACCGAGUAGUAUGUACCGUGCAUCAUAAAGUAGUUUAGUAUUACCUGUAGCUACAUAGCCAUAUCACCCUGGUGCACCGUGCCACCUACACUAUAAACUAAUAAUUAAUAAUGAUUUGUGAUCACUUUGUGAUAUUAUUUAAGUGUCAUAAAUAAUCAAAAUAAUAAUCACAAAAUAAUCAAAUUUAUACGGUCUAUAAAGAAUAUAAUAGAAAUGAGGGCAUCGUGUCCACUUGGCUGGCAACACUGCGUGUUUACCAACCAAUCUUGACAAUUCUGUUUGGUGUUGCAAUGGCAAAAAAAUGUAGCCGUUUUCUAGUCUUUACAGGCUGUAGGUAUUAGCUAUAAAGCAUAUUUUUUACUUUCUUACAAUAUACUACUUUUAACCUCUCUAUUUAUAGAACCGAAUCGUAUACUAUUAAUGUAUAAUAGAUAAUUAGGAUGUUAAAUCCGCCCCACGUGAUAAUGCGGAACUAUCAAGAAGAUCGGCCACCUUGUUGUUGUCAGCGACUUCUUUCGUGACACGGACUUUAAACACCAGUAGGCCAAGCAUGUGUAUUUCGAGUGAGAAUAGUAUUUCGUAAAUUUUCGUGACUGAAGCAUUACAAAAAAGAGCGCAAAUAAAAACCAGUCUUAACUUUACUGAAAUAAGAUUCAUUUUGAAUUAAAAUUGCGCGGGGAAGCACACAGCCUGACCGCAAAUGUCCCUGGAUCUAUCCGCGAAAUCAUAUUUAAAAAUUAAUCUUACUUUACGGAGCUAAGGUUGGAUUUUAUUUGCGUUCGUGCGUCAGGUGUUCUAAACUGUUACUAUAAUGAUAACAUAUUUCGUGUUUGGUAUACAGAUGUAAGACAUCGUAGGUAUAUAAAUUAUUGAGAAAAGCUUUUGAUUGUUUUUUGUUGCAAAAGGUUCUUUUCGUAUUGUAUUUAUUUAUAAACUUUAUUCGUAUUA